CUUGGUGGUGAUGGAACCGUAUUAUACACUUCAUGGCUAUUUCAGAAAGUCGUUCCCCCUGUUUUACCUUUUCAUAUGGGUUCUCUUGGUUUCUUGACAAAUUUUAAUUUUAAAGAUUAUAAAAAACAUAUAACAUGUGCUUUGGACGAAGGUAUACGUGUAAACCUAAGAAUGAGAUUUACUUGUACCGUUUAUCGACGAGUAAAAAAUCCUUUAAAAGCAACUCGUUGUGGUGAAACUGGUAAAAUCAUGAUUGAUUGGAACGAACUUGAAACUUCUUCCCAUUCAAAUUCUGAACAUGAAUGUGGUCAUGAUAAAGACCUACCUUGUUUAAUUACUCAACCGUCUGAAACUUUUCAAGUUUUAAACGAUUUGGUUGUUGAUCGAGGUGCUGGUCCUUAUAUGAGUUUACUGGAAUUAUUUGAUUCUAAACAUACAGUAGGGAAAGGGAAUUUUGAUGGAGUAACUUUUAUGUGA